UAAAGAAAUUUGACUUUCUUGGUUUUGAAUUUCUAUAAGUACCCAACCUAGUCGAAUCAUAAAAAGUGACGAUGAGGAGUGGUCCAAGCUCUUUCUUAUCGGUUAUCAAUAUUCAAAGUUACCUCAUUUAUGUGGCUACUAGGUAUUAGGUAAUUACGCAGCAGCUACGCAGGUACAGUACGUUAUGUUAGGUAAAUCAUAGCACGUGAUGGCCAAUCAUCAAAAUUUUGGCGGCUUCACAUCUUAUCAGAAAUAAAAGUUUGGGUUGCGAUUCUUCGGCCCCGCGAUUCUUGAACUGUUUCUUGUUCGCCUUCUUGCUCGGAACAACAGCCGCAAUGAAGCCCAGAAGAUAUCAUGGUCUGAAACGACCGAAACUCCGCCAGAGCUGGAACAAAUACAAUCUCUUCAAUAUUGCCAAGUAUCCUCUCCCCAAGAUCGGCACAUCCGACAACGAAACUUUCUUCCAGCAGAAAUGGAGAGCAAAAGGUCUGCUCCGUCACUACCACGGAGAGCAUGUCGUCGAGCGCAAAUGGACUCGCAUGUUCAGCCGACGUCUACUCGGUGUCGUCGACAUGGACACCAAGUACAUGGCCGAGUUCGAUGGUUCUGAGAUGGCAGCUGGUAGAGGAUCUGGAAAGGACGAGCCGCCGAAUUGGGAGCAUAGCAAGGUAAUGAAGCGCAACCUUACUCCCUACAUGCAGAUGACAUUCGCUCCCAUGGAGAGACGAUUAGAUAUCGCAGUCUUCAGAGCUAUGUUUGCAAGUAGUACGAGGCAGGCUAGGCAGUUUUGUGUCCACGGUGCUGUGAAGGUCAAUGGCAAAGUAAUGCCAUACCCUGCCUACCGUCUCAACCCCGGCGAUAUGUUCCAGGUCGAGCCCGAGCGCGUUCUAUACGCAACUGGUGAACCCAAACUAGAUCCUAACAAGAAAAAAAAUAAAAGGAGACGCUUCGGUCGCAGUAUUCGAGAAGACAGUGCCGAGGAGCCAGCUGAAGAGGAAGUCGAGGCGGCUGCCGAAGAGGCUUCCGAGGAGGCAGCAGAGCAAGAUCCCGAUACAACAGAUGCGCCAGAACCCGUUCCAGUAGACAUGAAGCCCACGCGAAAACAGGUCCAGGAAUUUGCCGCGCGGUGCAGAAAGCUCCUUGCCGAAGAAGAAGCUCUCGGUGUGAAGCAGAAGAAGAAGCUUCGGGCAUUAAUGAAGGACAUGAAAUCUCUACUCAGUCGGACUAGUCGAUCCAGCGCCACCCCGGCCUCUAUCUCUGAGGAGCUUUCGUCCUUGGUCUCAGGAUUAACUCUUACCAACGAACAAGCCGCAAAUAAUACGAUAGAGUCCACAUCGCAACGUUCGUCGCGGCCAGAUCCCAUUGGCGAUCUCAGCAAGGAUGAGCUGAAGAAGCUGGAGAAGCGCAUGGCCGAACACGAGCGCGAGGAAGAGGAGAACCCGCAUGACCCCACUAAACCUUACAAGACGCCGUGGCGCCCUCGUCCUUACAUGUCGCCAUUUGCCUUCAUCCCCAAGUACCUUGAGGUCAACCACAACAUCUGCGCUGCCGUCUAUCUGCGACAUCCCGUGGCCAAGCUCGGCAAGGCCGAGGUUCCCACGCCCUUCCCUGAAAACAUCAACCAGUUGGCUUUCAACUGGUACCUGAGAAGAAGGUAGAGACAUAGAUGAGGUCCAGGACCUUCAUAUGUCAUGAAACUCAAGAAAGAAGGGAUGGAAAGGUAGCCUCCCGGGCACCCACCCCCUUAGCUCGGCAUGCGGGAAUAGCCUGAGCUGGGAGAGACACUACUACCUACGAUGCCACAGGUAGAAUAAAAAAAGAAGUCCAAGGAACUAACUGUAUUAUACAAUGCUACAACCCGCCUCGGAAAGCUUCCCGAUGUGCUAUUUGUUUUUAUUCACUGGGGACACUCGCGUUGCCAGUGAUAUAUGACUUGGAGGCACCUGAAGUCCUGGCAAAGGGAUAGAUAGCCCUAGGUUAAAAUCCUUCUCUAUGUAUAUACCUGCCUGUCUACCUACCUACUUAGGUACUACAUGUACUUGAUACCAGGUAGGGCCAGGUACUUACUUAUAUAAGGGGCAUAUACAACAUGUAUAAUACGAUGAAAUCACACCGUUCGGGUCGUUAUCG